CUCGGGAUGAUCCCAGAGAAAUAGCUUUUCUGUUUCUUCUCUGACUUUUAGAAGUGUGGAAAACGUCCAGGGGUUUCAGGAUCUAAAAGGUCUUCCUGAGGAGGUCUAGCAGCUUUCUGUGAGUAAAGAAGAGGUUCCUCUGAAGCAGCAGAGGGGAAGAGCUCCAGGAUGAACCAGGAGAUCACUGAGCCUCUGCACAUUAAAGAGGAGCCAGAGGAACUGUGGAGCAGUCAGGAGGGAGAGCAGCUUCAAGGGCAAGAGGAGACACAUAUUAAGUUCACUUUUGAUCCUGCUCACUUAAAGGAUGAAGAUGGUGAAGACAAUCUUCACGGGGGACACACUGAACAGAUGGAAACAGGAGCUGAUGGAGAGGACUGUGGAGGAGCAGAGGUAGCCAGCAGCUCUUACCCAGACAGAAAUUUACAGCUUGAAACAGAAAUCAAGAAUGAGGACUCCUCUGACCCUGAGACUGAUGACAGUGCUGAUUGGAGGGGAACAACAGAACACCAGUCAGAUUUAAACUCAGUAGAAGACAACAAAAAUAAGAGGAGAGAGACUGAUACUAAAAUGCUUUGCUGCUCUGAUUGUGGUAAAAUAUUUAAAUACAAAUAUUGUCUUACAAAACACAUGAGGAUUCACACAGGAGAGAAACCCUUCAGCUGUGCUGAGUGUGGUAAAGGAUUUAACCAAAAGGUUACUCUUACAGAACACAUUAGAAUUCACACAGGAGAGAAACCCUUUGGCUGCUUUGAGUGUGGUAAAAGAUUUAUCCAUAAGAAAUAUUUAAGAAAACAUUUGAACAUCCACUUAGAAGAGAAACCGUUCAGCUGCUCUGUAUGUGGUAAAGGAUUUAACCAAAAAAUUACUCUUACAGAACAUAUGAGAAAUCACACAGGAGAGAAACCCUUCAGCUGCUCUGAGUGUGGUAAAAGAUUUAACAAACAGUGUAAUCUAAAGGUUCAUAGGAGAGUUCACACUGGAGAGACACCCUUCAUCUGCUCUGAGUGUGGUAGAAGUUUUAACAAAAGCAUAACCCUGACCAGACACAUGUUGGUUCACACUGGAGAGAAACUCUUAAGCUGCUCUGAAUGUGGUCAGAGAUUUGGGUUGAAGAAUAAUCUGAGAAGACACAUGGGAAUUCAUUCAAGAGAGAAACCCUUCAGCUGCUCUGUGUGUGGUGAAAGGUUUCACCUCAAAGACCAGCUGGAAAAGCACAUGCCAUGGCAUGUUAAGGUUUAAAACAUGUAACAUUCAGGUGUUAGGACCAGCUGCAUCCCCUCUGUGUGUGUGUGUGUGUGUGUGUGUGUGGGUGUGUGUGUGU